UGGCUGGGUAGCGCUCGAGGCCCGCCCACGUCCUCCCGAUUGGCAGGGGCGGGAGAGGUGCGCCCGGCGCGGGGCUUGCAGAAGCCAGGCUGGACGGCAGCCCUGCGCGCUGCGCUGCCCGGAGCCUGUUGGCAUCCCCGGAGCUGGGUCGCCGGUACUAGCGGGCAUACGCUUCGCUUCUCGCCAGCGCGCAGGGUGAGUUUCCCCCAGCGCCCAGGCUCCGGGUGGGGACGCUCGGCCCUGCGCAGCCCGCACCCGCAGGGCUUCUUACGCCUUACGGUGACGGGUGCAAAUUAUGGCACAGAAGGGCAGUCUGAAGCCAGUGAAGAAAAAGAAAACCGAAGAACCUAAACUGGAGCCCUUGUGCUGCUGCGAGUACAUAGAUCGGAAUGGGGAAAAGAACCACAUGGCUUCUUGUUUGUGUGAUUGCCAAGAUCUGGAUGAAGGGUGUGAUAGAUGGAUUACAUGUAAAUCUGUGCGGCCAGAGACUUGUGAAAGAAUCAUGGAUACCAUUUCUGAUCGCCUCCGAAUUCCUUGGCUUAGGGGAGCCAAAAAAGUUAAUAUCAGCAUCAUUCCUCCCCUCAUCCUCCUUCCUGUCUUCCUGCACGUAGCUUCCUGGCACUUCCUCCUGGGGGUGGUGGUUUUGGCCUCCCUCCCUGUGCUGGCACUGUGGUACUACUACCUCACUCACAGAAGGAAAGAACAGACUCUGUUUUUCCUGAGCCUCGGACUAUUCUCACUGGGCUACAUGUACUACGUGUUCCUGCAGGAGGUGGUCCCCAAAGGGCGUGUGGGCCCCACUCGGCUGGUCGUUCUUACCUGUGGGUUAUUUCUGAUACUCUUAGCCUUGUACAGAGCCAAGAGGAAUCCAGGCUACCUCAGCAAUCCCGCAAGCAGGGAGAGAUCUCUAAGUGGCAGCCAAGUGGAAUGCCUGGACAGAAAAGGGCAGGAGAAGACCAAAGGCUUCCCCGGAGCAGACACAUCAGGAAGUCUCAACAACCGCACGCUGAAGGAUGACCUGAAGGGCUCUCCCAGGAUGUUGGCUGCAAGUCCCACCAAAGUGAAGGAGGACUGGUGUGCCAAGUGUCAGCUGGUGCGGCCGGCCAGGGCCUGGCAUUGCCGGAUAUGUGGCAUCUGUGUGAGGCGAAUGGAUCAUCAUUGUGUCUGGAUAAAUAGCUGCGUUGGAGAAUCAAAUCAUCAAGCCUUUAUACUUGCCCUUUUGAUCUUCUUGCUCACCUCGGUGUAUGGGAUCACACUGACCUUGGACACCAUUUGUAGAGACAGAAGUGUCUUCACAGCUCUCUUCUACUGCCCUGGAGUUUAUGCAAACUAUAGCUCAGCGCUGUCGUUCACCUGCGUGUGGUACUCUGUGAUCAUCACGGCGGGGAUGGCAUACAUCUUCCUGAUCCAGCUUAUCAACAUCAGCUACAAUGUGACCGAGAGGGAAGUCCAGCAGGCCCUCCGACAGAAGACUGGGCGCCGGCUCCUCUGGGGGCUCAUCGUGGACACAGGCCAGUACAACAGGGGCUUCCUGCGGAACUGGCACCAGUUCUCCACCCUGGGCACAAGUGCGUUCCCCCACCCUGCCGAGGACAUUGUCUGAAGUGCCUUCUGUGGGGCUUGCUGAGGGGCGAUGGUUACUCCCUCCAUCUCCCUUUCAUUUACACUUCAGUGUCCACGUGGGAUGUUCAUUUCAUCCCAGUUUCAUAAAGGGGAUAUAGGGCCAUGCUCAGGUUUAGAGACUGGACUGGGAAGAAGUUAAUUUUUCUGACUUCACAGAUGUAAGAGAUUUUUAUAGUGAAGCAGUAAAAGUAGAGCCAUUCCUUGCCAGUCACCUUAUUAAUUGACUCGGUCACUGGAAGUUGGAAAGGAUGUGGAUUGCUAAUGCACAAACUGAUAUAAGCAAUUCCCAUCCAUGAGUGUGGGGGAAAGAGUUUUUGGAUAGUUUCUAGUCCCUCUUUCAAUUUUUAAUAGCCAUGUGACCCUUAGUUGAGUCACUUUCCCAAGUCUCAGGGUCAUCCCCCUGUAAAGUGGGGUACUGAUGCCUGCCCUGGCUGCCUCACGGAGCUGCCGGGAGGGUCACGUGAGGGAUGAGGGAUGUGGAAGGGACUAAAAAACAACUAAAGCACCACAAGGUAUGAAGUGUUUUUAGGAAAAUCCUAAGACAGAAGGAAAAUGUUUGCAAGUCAGAAUAUUGACACCAAUAUUAUUAGGGUAAUCAGUUAUUAACAUAUACUGUAUUUUACAAUUCUGUGAAUUUCAAUUUCUCCUUCUAAGUAUUAGACAUUAACUACUCAAUCAGAGUAAACAAUGACCAGAUGAAUUCAUGCUAGUCAUCUGAAGGUGAAAGGAUAGUUGAUAAUACUUAUAAUUAUUGCUAAUGUCAUGUACAGUGGUCAUGAAUUUAGGUGAUGAAUUCUUAUAUUUAUUUUUUUAUAUAUCUUUUUGGAUUUCCUGUAAGUAACUCCAGUAGGAGUUAAUGUCUUUCCCCUCUUCCCCAUAUUUUACCUGGUAAGGUGCUAGCACACAUGAUGGAAGCUAGAAGAGGACAGACACUGCUGUGGUUAAUACUUUACUCUCUUUCCUGGGUAGAGAGGCUGAUUAUAUCAAGGGCUUACAUUUUUUUAUUCAUAUAUUUCGAAUGCUAUUAGUUAUUAGCACUACACUGCAAAAAUCAAGUCUUCUGGCUUUCACAUUAUUCUGGCUUGAACUUUCUUUCUUUCUUUUUUUUUUUUUUUUUUGCAGUUUUUGGCCAGGGCUGGGUUUGAACCUGCCACCUCUGGCAUAUGGGGCUGGUGCCUUACUCCAUUGAGCCACAGGCACCACCCUGGCUUGAACUUUCUUUGAGGAGUUGAUUGGUAUCUUCCUACUUAACUUGCACAUUACUUCUCCUUCACCCUUCCCUAAAUAAAAGUAUCUCGCUAGGAGAGAAAAAACAGGGUAUAUGUCGUUUCCACUAAUUAUUGGAUUACUAUUCUUCCCUAUCUCUUCCCCAACUACCAGGUUGUCCCUUUAAUUAUAUCUCAAAACUGACAAUGUAUAAAAGAUUACAUAUUUAUAUAUUGGAGAAUGGGUCAUUCUGCCAUAGAGUUAAGGUGAGGGAAUUUCAGAUGGGGAAAAUACCCUCUUGAAAUGGUUAGUCUUAUACAUGAACUGUUUUGCAAUCUCAAAGAAAAUUCACGAGUCCGUAUCUUUAAAUUUGCCUUGGCUUAUAGCUUAAUAUAGGGAAAUAUAUUGCCAGCUUUUUCAGUCAUUCUGUGCAUUCUGCUUUAGCAAGAGAUUUAUAAAUGUUAAGAGGAAAUGUUACUGCUUCUUGCAAUUCUGCCCUCCCCAGCUAGCACCAUCUCUAGUCUUGCCAUGGGGCUGUCCCUGAGAUGUAACCUUGUUUUUAUCCAGGCUUCUUGUUGCUCUCCCCAGAGAUGGAUUAUUUAAUAAAUGAUAUGCUCCAUGUUCCACUGGGGUGAACCAAAGAGCAAGCCUAGGAAUGUUAGCAAAUGCUAUGGUUUCUACAGUGAUGCCCUCUCCCUAGCCUAGAAUGGAAUAUUCAUUUAGAGUGAAGGUUGGAUCAGAAAUAACUUAAUUCUUUCUGUACUGGUUUUAGGUGAGAGAGAUAAUAAUGUCAAGGACAGCACAUGGGCGGUGAGGGCAGUGCCUGUGGGUCAGUGGGUAGGGCGCCGGCCCCGUAUACUGAGGGUGGCAGAUUUGAACCUGACCCUGGCCAAACUGCAACAAAAAAAUAGCUGGGUGUUGUGGCGGGUGCCUGUAGUCCCAGCUACGUGGGAGGCUGAGGCAAGAGAAUCACCUAAGCCCAGGAGUUGGAGGUUGCUGUGAGCUGUGAUGCCAUGGCACUCUACUGAGGGCGAUAAGGUGAGACUCUGUGUGUCAAAAAAAAAAGGACAGAAAUUGUGUCUCUUGGAGUGCCAGCUGCACAGCCAAUUCUGAUUGGCUAGCAGUCGAUAAUAAAAAUUCCACAGAAACAUUAGUAUAAUAGUAUUUUAGCUUCUUGCCAAAUCUUUAUCAACAAUCAAAAUGUGAUGAAAAGUUCAGAAAGACCGAAGUCUUUUGGAUGAAUUAGGAAUGAUUACCAUCUGUCUAACAACUCACCCCUAAUAGUGUUACCUGGAUGAGGUAACUGAGUUUUCCUCACUUGGCUAGGCCUACUUGUGUAUUAUUCUGGCUCAGUGGAAUUAAGGUACUUGUUUUAAGUUCCUUGAGACUCAUAAUUGGCAGUUUACAGAAGAAAGUUCAAACCUGUAGUUUUGUGUGGUGAAGUCAUCUGAAGUAUUUGUACUAAAAGGAGCAGCAAAUGAGGGGACAGCCAUGAGCAGUGUCUCUAUAGGCUCCGGGACAUCUUUGGUCUUUAUUUGUAGACUGUUGAGCCUCUUUACAACCAGGAGCUAUUUGCUAGUGAUUUUGUUAUAGGCCUUGGUUCUUUCCAGAGGGCAGAAGAAUUUAUUGCGGAAUCUUUGAAAGGACAAGGCCUUUGUCAAUGAUUCAGUCCAAGAAAAACAUUUGGUGGGGUGCAGUGGACAACUGCCUGGCAAACUUAUAAACCAGCAUUCUUGGCCAGAGGAGCAAGUCCCCUGAAUGUGAUUCCAAUAAGCAGGUCCCCUUCUCUCACCCACAUCCUCAUGCUGUGUUAAUAAACAUCCUGAAUGUGGGGCUUAAUAAAUUACUAUAUUCUUGCCACUUACAUUCUCAUCACACUGUGUGCUUUCGUGUAGGAGGGGAAUGGGCUCAUUUGACAGAUGUAAGGGAGAAAUAGUUAAGGGGCAGGAUUGUAUAAAAGGAGAAAAUCCUUCAAUAUUUGCAAUGUCUCUUGUACUCACAGAGUACUUUUGUGGUUCUUGCUGGGCCCUCCUGAAAUGAACCGAUCAUUAACAAAGCCUCUUUGGUAGGUUACUUUGAUGCUGCUCAAGUAAAGCCUUAAGUGUGUUUUCGGGACAAUGUGCUGCUUGUUUCACUUCAGCCACAUGUGUUUGUGUUUAGGAUAUGGUAAAUCUUUGCUAUCCAAGUAGUGUUUCCCUUGGUGAAUGAAGUGAUUGUUGUCUUCCCUGUACCAUCUGCCUAAGCAGAAAGAUUGCUUCCAAACUUCUCUUAUGCAAUAGUCCUUGGUACUUCUAAUAUUUUUAGCAAAAGAAAAUUUUCUAUACUAGACUCUUCCACUGCCAGAAAACACAAUGCCAGUAAGAUUCUACAUAAUAUUGACCAUCUGCUUAAGAGUCUAUAUUUCCUUUGAAUAGGACAUUAACUUUUUAUUAUAAAGCUCAACUAAUAUAAGCAAAAAUAUGAAAUCUAGAAGCACAGUUUUAACUAGGAUAUUUAAAAUUAAUGUUUCGUAAAGUUGAAGGGUCUCUUUAAAGUAAGUAAGUAGGUUUAUAUGACUUCAUUUUAGCCAUGUUUUGGGACCCUGCCUUUUGAAAAGGAGAAUUUUUCAAAUAAGCAACAGAUGAUGAGAGACAAUUGUGGGAGGCACCUGUUUGGAAUCUGGUUUUCUCAGCAGCAGCUUGACAUGCGUGCCAUUUUAUAUUAAACCCUGCAGAGGCAGUGGGGGAGAUUGGAAGCCAUACUGAACUUCAUGCAGAAUAAAAUUCAUAUGUUCUCAUAGUUUGCCACGAUUAAUAGACACUUUUUGUAGAAUCAGCUAAAUUUAAUCCUGUUGUUAAUGGACAAGUAUCCACACUUCAGCUGGCACUGAGUGUUUUACUACAGUAUCAGCAGCUGGCUGAAAACCGAAUGAUUAGUAGAGACAAUUUCUUAGGGGCCGUGACUGUGACCCAGUUGGUUUUGUGACUUCUUGGAACUCUAGCCCUCCUGAUGGCACCUUUCAACUCUACGAAUUCAUACUUAAAAGGCAAAGCUUUAAAACCAGAGCUAGUCUAUGCUGGUCAUUGAUGCAACUAAAAUCCUGUAUUUCUUGAGAAGGAUCCACUGACAAAAUACCAUGUUAUGGAGCCUACAACCUCAACCUGUUGGGACCCUGGGUUCUGGGUGAGUUGAUGGCUCAAGUUGUCAGGGCUCUUGAGCCUUUUCAUUUGGGGUCUGAUGUUAGACUAAAGGAAACUAGGCAUAUUUAUUUAAUAUUAAGCUUAAUAUUAAGUGUAACUGACCCAGCAACAUUAAAGUGGACUUCCAGUGCCAACUCUGGAGGCUGUGGGCUAAACAUUUUGCACUGUUUUUAUACUUGUAUUCCUAUUCUCUUAUCACCUCAGACUCUGACAAGGCCUUUUAAAUGGAAAUUUUAUAAAUUACUGCCAUUUAUGUAAAAUAAUAUCCUGUGACCAAGUUAUUUAAAUAGAAAAUAAAGUGCUUUCUUUAA